CUCCUGCCUGAGGCUGUUAUCCCUCCUUCUAUUGUCUUGUCUGUACAGCUUGCUGCUUGCUGCCGUGGAAGCUGCCCGCUUGCGCCAUGUCAUGACCCUUUCGUGUUGGUACCCAUACCAUGGACUUCUCGCGUGACCGAGCCUAGCUUGAGCCUGUUGCUUGCCACUUCUCUCGUCACCGCCUUUUCUUGCGCUUCUUCUUCUUCCUCUUCUUCUUACUGCUGUUGUUGUUGUCGUCUCUUUCGAUAUGGCCAGGUCAAAGACUGGCGUUCAUUCCUGGGAAGAUGUGCUCGCCCAGAGGUACGAAAACGACAAACCUUCCUCGCUGCCUCGAUACAGACGGCGCAAAGGAACUGUCAGAGGGCCGGCCCCACGAGCGAUGGAUUUCAGCCAAUCGCCCAUCCAGCAGUCACAAUGCCUAUUGCUGAACAAGCUCCCGUCCGAGCUGCGACUGAUGAUCUGGGAAAUGGUGCUCGGUGGCCGACGGCUGCACGUUAUUCAACGAUCGCAAAAACGCUUGGGCUACGUUGUGUGCCCGCAACGAGAUCCAUGUGGCAUCUGCCGCGGCAUUCUCCCGCAACCGAUCAAGAACGCAGAAAGGUGCUCGAAUAUGAAUUUGCUCUCGCUGCCAGCAGCGUGUAAACAGAUUUACCGGGAAAGCAUUUACCUACUUUACUCUUCAAACACGUUUGAGUUUAGCAACACCUGGUCUCUGACGUACCUACGACCGACCAUUCCAGCCGAUCAAUGGAAUGAAAUUCGCUCCGUCGACCUGAAAUGGGCGUUCCCCGGUCACUGGCUACCAAGUAAGGACUCAGUCAAAUCAGUAUAUGUCUGGGCUGGUCGACAGCAGUGGGUCGAAACCUGCAAGGCUAUUCUGCUGAUGAAGAAUCUCGAAGACUUUACGUUGCAUCUGACUGGCAACUGGUUUGGGGAGCCGAUUGAGAAGGUACCCGUUUUCCUCGAGCCUUUGAGGGGGCUGAGCUUAAAGAAUCAUCCGCAUCGGCGGUGGAAGAUUCUGCUGCCACCGCAGCCGUAUUAUAAGAAGGCAGCUACUAAAUUGAGUGAUAUGAUGCAGAAAGAAAGAAUAUACUGUGAGAUUCACGAGGCAGAGCAGUGCAAGGGGGGGUGUAUCCGACCGAAUUGAAUUGAGUAUGAUGGAAAGUUACGAUUGGUUGCAUUGAAUAACCCAAAAGUAUAGUUAAGCUAUCCUUUCAAAAGUUUUCGAGUAUAGAUCUAUAAAAAAGAGCACAAGCAAGCCUGAAUAUUCUCUAGAGGAUCAACUUAUGAGUACUUUGCAGGUUCAUAUAAUGACAUUUCUCUUGUUUUGGAGACAUUUUUCUUCCUUGAUUCAAUUUAUUUACAGUAAACUGGUCAUCCCGCAAGCGUUUCCUCUUGCGCUUGACGUGUUGUGUUUCUUGUAUUUCACUCCCUUCAAUGUUCG